GCUGGAAAACCUUGUCGUUACGUUCCACGUUGGGCCCGGCCCAACUGGCGCGGAGGAGCCGACCGACGACGGCAGCCUCCAUUUUCCGUCCAACUCCGAUUUGGUCUCUCUCCCCGCUCGAAUCCGACCCGAUCAGCGAGGUAGGGUUCGCCUCCGCCCAUAUAGAUCCAGCCACCCCGCCGCCGCACCGUCCAUCGACAGCUAGGGUUGCCAGAUCGCACAUCCAAUCGCUGUAAGCUUCGAGGUUUCCGGCGAGAAGGAUCCGAUUUGCCGCGGAUGGCCGCAGGGGGUGAAGGUUCCGCCAGGUGGCGCACCGCGAAUAGCUUGGAGGCCGCGGCGACGCUGAGGAGGUGCUCCACCAAGAGGAAGUCGGGGAAGGAGGAGGCGUCUGGUCGGAUGCCUCGUCGAAGGAAGGAGAAGGAGACAGCCUCGGCGGCGUCCGCCUGUGCAGAUGCAGAGAAGUCGGCGGCAGGGGCGGCGAAGAACCGGUUGCCAGCGAAGGAUAUCCGGUGGAUCCUAGCGCAGAAGCCGGAGGCUCCGCCGCCAAUCUACCAGGCCCUGAAGCGGAGCAACCCGGAGCUGGUGCCGCGGCCGGAGGAGGAGGGGGACGAGAAGCUGCGUGUGCUGUACGUCCUGGCCAGGGCGUUCUACGAGGUGGAGGAGAUGCAACCCAAGUUUCAGCAGUGGGUGCGCAGUGAGCUCAAGGAGAAGGGGUACGUCGAGGUGGACGAUGACUAUAUGAAGCAAAAGGCUGCAGCGCAGGCCGGUAUCGACAGGGACUGGCCUAUUCUCAAAGCCAAGAUCGAUGCCUUCUCGGGUCCCUCGGAAGAUGGUGAUGAGACUACUAGCGUCGACAGCGACGACUCAGCUGACGAGGAAGAAGAUGAUGAUCUGGAUUCGAUCAUGAAGGAUUAAUUAAUUAGCUGCUCAUACAUAUAAUAAUCUAUAUAUAACGUAUGCUUGCAUUGCAUUGAGUUAUUAUAUUAAUUAUUAGGUCCUCUUUAAUUGUGAUUCAUGCAUGAUGAUGCUUGUCCUAAGUUCAAGUGCUGUCGAAGGAUAUAUAUGGUAUUUAACUAAAAUGUCUUAUAUAUAUAUAGUAGUAACAUGAUUAUUAAUUGUCUCGUGUUUGCA